AUGGAACAAGAAUUUAUGUUAGUUAAUUAUCAAAAACAAAAUUCUAAUAAUAAAGGCAAAAAAAUACUUGGAAGAUUAAAGUCUUGGACAAAGAAAGCGGUUCUUCGUAAAAAUGAUAAACCCUUAAUGUUAAAUCAACCACAACAACAAUUAGGUGGUCGUAAUAGUAUUUCAAGCAGUAUUUAUAAUAAUAUUUAUCGACAAGAAUCAGAUUUCUACGGAGGUCAUAUUGGUGGAAAUACAGGUGGGAAAGUAGGAAACGUAAAACGACCAAAGAGUUCGCGGAUUUGUUCAAUGAUAACUCCAAUUUCUUCAUCCGAAGAAACUUCUGAAAGAACUAUACCUUUAUCAAGACCAUUAUCCCAAGUUUCUCGUUUACCGAGACCAUUAUCCCAAAUUUCUCAAAUAACUUCGAGAAGUAAUAAUAUUGUUUCACCUUUACCUUUACCCACUGUUGUUGAAGAGGAUAAACAAUUAGAUGAUAUUCAGAUAGCGUGUAGAUUAUAUGAAGUAUUAAGUUGUCAUGACAAAGAAUUGAAACGUGAUGGCAUAUCAGAAAAGUCGGUAGCAUUGACUUUAGAAAAUAAUAGUCUUAAUGAAGAAAAGAAUCUUAACAUUCUUUCUGAAGAAAAAAAUAAUAGCAUUAAUACUGAAGAAAAACGUAACAGUGCUUAUAUUUUUGGAAAAGAAUGUCCUUCUUGUAGAUUUAUUAACGAAUUGAUGAUGUUAGAAUGUGAAUUAUGUCAUACUCUAUUAUUUUAUCCAAAUAAUAAUAUUUAUACAACUCGAUCAAGUAAUUUAUCCCGUAUUUCAUUACCAACUUCCGAUAUGUUUUCUUACCUUCCAACUUUAGAGACUACACAAAUGACUGUUCUAUAUGAACAAGAUCAAGAUUAUAUAAUUGUAAGAAGAAUGUUUUUUUCUGAUAUUCCACGAGCGGAAAUUAAAGGAAUAAUUCGAUUGGAUAUGCCAACUAAACUUGUUAAAGCUCAUGAAAAAUAUAAGAGAAAAAUCGCAACAAAAACUGGCCUUAAAACUGAGAAUAUUACUCAUGCAAUGUUUCAUGGAACUACCUCUUCAUUUGAUUGUAAUCCUGAACGGUUUUUACAAGGAAAUAAAGAACUCUGUAAGAAAGGAUGUGGAGUGUGUGGUAUCACGAAGCAAGGGAACAAGAAAAAGUAUUCUAAACAUUCUAAAAUUUCGAAUGACUAUACAAACGUCAACUCUCAUAUACAAGUAAUGUUUAUUGUUGAUGUAAUAGCUGAGAAACAUGAUUGGAUUCUCGUGGCUCGUAAAAACAAG